UCGGUUAUUAACACUUUUCACAAGUUUGCAUUGAUGAAGCAAAAUCAAUCAUCCAUGAGGUGGUUGUUUCUCUAUUUGCAUAUUUUUCUCUUCUUUUGUUCAUCUUUCUCUUCUUCUUUCAAUUUCUUAUGCCAUCAUGAUGAAAGGUUUGCUUUGCUUCAGUUUAAAUCCUCCUUUUUUAUGUACUCUGAAUGUGAUGGUUAUGGACCUCAAAAAAUAACAACAUGGAAAAAUGAGACAGAUUGUUGUUCAUGGCAUGGUGUUACAUGUGACUCCAUCUCUGGUCGUGUGAUUGGCCUCAACCUUGGUAAUGAAUGCCUUCAAGGUAUAAUUCAUCCUAACAAUACACUUUUCCAUCUUGCUCAUCUCCAAACACUCAACCUUUCUUCCGUUGAUUUCACUAUGUCCUAUCUUCAUUCUAUGUUUGGUGGAUUUUCGAAUCUUACACAUCUUGACUUGUCUUGGUGUAAUUUUCAAGGUGAAGUUCCUUCUCAAAUUUCACACCUUUCCAAACUAACAUCACUUCAUCUCUCAGGGAAUAGUGAGCUACGUUGGAAAGAAACCACUUUAAAGAGGAUUGUGCAAAAUGCAACAAAUUUAAAGGAGUUAUUUUUACAUUACGCAGAUUUGUCUUCAAUAAGACCAAACUCCAUGGAUUUGCUCUUUAAUCAUUCUUCAUCCUUGGUUACUCUCAGUCUUCCAAACACGAGACUAAGCGGAAACUUCAAAAAUAACAAUUUAUGCUUACCAGGUAUUCAAAAACUAGAUUUGUCAUACAAUUUCAAUCUUAAAGGUCAACUUCCAAAACUAACUUGUAGUGCUUUUCUCAGUAUUUUGGAUCUCUCAAAUUGUCAAUUCCAAGGGCCAAUUUCUCUCUCUUUUUCUAACUUUACAUAUCUCACAUCUUUAAGCCUCUCACAAAACCGCCUUAACGGUUCAAUCCCAUCCUCACUUUCAAAACUCCAACGCCUUAUUUUCUUGGAUCUUUCAUAUAAUUCAUUGAGCGGUCAAAUCCCAAAUAUGUUUGCUGGGAUGACCAAACUACAAAAACUAUAUUUAACUUCAAACAACAUAGAAGGACAAAUUCCAUCUUCAUUAUUGAACUUGACUCAACUUGUUCUAUUAGAUUGUUCUUAUAAUAAAUUAGAAGGCCUUAUACCCAAAAAAAGUGCAGGAUUGCAAAAGCUAACUUAUUUGAGUUUAAGUCACAACUUACUAAAUGGAUUAAUUCCUUCUUGGUGUCUUUCUUUGGAGUCUAUAAAGUAUUUAGAUCUGUCAUAUAAUCAAUUUAAAGGAAGCAUCAGUGUAAUCUCAUCAUAUUCUUUAGAGACGCUUUCUCUAUGCCACAAUGAGCUACAUGGCAAUAUUCCAAAAUCCAUUUUCAGCCUUGCAAAUCUAACUUUUUUAUGUCUAUCAUCAAACAACUUGAGCGGUGUUGUCAAUUUUCGACACUUUUCCAAAUUUCAAAAUUUGAAUUCUCUGUCUCUAUCACAUAAUAGUCAAUUAUCACUAAAUUUUGAAUCCAAUGUCAACUACAAUUUUUCUCAACUAACAGAGUUGGAUUUGUCUUCUUUGAGUUUAACUCAACUUCCCAAAUUAUCAAGAAAACCCUCAAAGUUGCAAUAUAUUGAUCUUUCUGAUAACAAGAUUAAUGGAAGUGUGCCCAAUUGGUUACUUGAAACAAUGGAUUCAUCGGGAUUCAUGAACCUCUCUCAAAAUUUGUUCACGUCAAUAGAUGAAUUCUCAAGUAAAAACUACCGGCUUAGCAACCUUGAUCUAAGUUUUAACUUACUUCAAGGUGAACUCCAUGCAUCCAUUUGUCAUAUGAGUUUACUUAGAAUACUCAACCUGGCGCACAAUAAAUUGACAGGUACCAUUCCACCAUGUCUUGUAAAUUUAUGGUCUCUUGAAGUUUUGGAUCUACAUAUGAACAAAUUUCAUGGCACUUUACCAAAUAACUUUCCAACGUACAAUGGACUUCUUACACUGAACCUCAAUGACAACCAAUUAGAAGGUCGCUUGCCUAUAUCUUUGGCCAACUGCAUUUUCUUGAAAGUUUUAAAUCUUGGCAACAACAAAAUAGAAGGCAACUUUCCCGACUGGCUUCAAACUCUAGAAAAUUUGAAUGUGUUAGUUUUGCGAGACAAUAAAUUUCAUGGUCCCAUUGCUAAUCUAAAAACCAAGCCUUUGUUUUCAAGUUUAAUCAUUUUUGAUAUCUCAAGAAAUAAUUUUAGUGGUCCAUUACCAAAAGCCUAUUUAAAGAAUAAUGGAGCCAUGAUAAUUGAUCCUCAAGGGGGGAAGAGUAGCAAUUUGCAAUACACGGGCAUGCAUCCAUUGAACUAUACUAACUACUAUGAUUCCGUGACAGUGGGGACAAAAGGGAUCAAUAUGACAUUGGUGAAAAUUCCGACACUCUUUGUAAGUAUUGACUUGUCCAGAAACCAAUUUGAAGGAGAGAUUCCAGAUGUUAUAGGAGAGCUUCAUUUACUCAAAGGGCUUAACAUUUCUCAUAACAGACUCACUGGUCAUAUUCCUCAAUCCUUAGGAAACUUGACAAAUUUGGAAUCCUUGGAUCUUUCCUCAAAUAUGCUCAACGGCAUGAUACCUGCAGAAUUAACCAAUUUGAUUAGUCUUGAAGUCUUGAAUCUUUCUAAUAACCAUCUUGUGGGAGAAAUACCUCAAGGAAAACAAUUCAACACAUUUUCAAAUAGUUCAUAUGAAAGAAACUUGGGAUUGUGUGGAUUUCCCUUGUCAAAGAAAUGUGGACCAGAACAACAUUUUCCACCUUCACCUGAUGAGAAGUUUGGAUUUGAAUUUGGAUGGAAACCAGUGGCAAUUGGAUAUGGAUGUGGAUUUAUGUUUGGAAUAGGCCUGGGAUGUUGUGUGUUGCUAAUGGGAAAACCUAGAUGGCUUGUGGUGAUGGUUGGUGGUCAGCCUAAGAGAAGAGUGAAAAGAAGGACCAGAGUGAGGAGAACCUAUAGUUCAACCAUGAAUCAGAUGGUGCAAAUGUCAUAGUUUCGUUGGUAUGGUUAUUUUCUCUUUUGUGUGUCAGUGUUUGCCCUCUGUUUAGACUAAUUUUGAUGUGAGUCUGUUAUUUUAUCUAGUUUGAUUUUGGGUUUUAAAUUUGUGUUUUGAGUGUACUAUGCUUCUUUUUCCUUGGAAAUUAUUAUUAUACAUUA